AUGGAAACUAAAGCAGAGGAGAAAAAGAACCUUGGAAAUGAAGAGUUCAAGAAGGGAAACUAUCAGAAAGCUAUCAAACUGUACUCAGAAGCUAUAGACAUCAAACCAAAUGAAGCAAUUUAUACUAACAGAGCAGCUUCUUAAAUAUAGCUGAAGGAAUUCAAAAAGGCAAUUGAAGACUGCAACAUGGCGCUCAAUAUCAACCCAAACUUCAGCAAGGCAUAUAAAAGGCUUUUUAGAUCUUAUCUAUCGCUAGGAGAGCUUGAGAAAGCUAAGGAAUCCAUUAUUAAGGCAAUGACAUCAGAUCCAAAUGACAAAACCAAUUAAGAUGAUAUGAAGAAGUAUGAGAAUGUUGCUACUUAAGAAAGAGUGGUGUAGAGAACUAUCGAACAAAAAGACUUUGAAUCAGCAGUAAAUUAUGUCAAUCAAAUUUUGAGUGAAUGUGUUGCUUCAGAAAAGCACUGCUUGCUUAAAUUAGAACUAUUAUUAAAAGGCUCAAAGCUCAAAGAAGCCGUUGAUUUCAGCAGAGAGUUAGUUAAUAAUCCAAUUUUCUAAAAUAGUGCUGUGAUCAAAGGUGCUCGAGGCAGAUUAUUAAUAUAUAAUGGAGACGAGGUUGAAGGCAAAAAAUAACUCUUAGCAGCUUUGCAGCUUGAUCCUGAUAAUCAGGAGUUUAAAACCGCAAUAAAAAACAUAAAAUUGCAAAAUGAACUUAAAGAUGAAGCCACUCAACUGUUUAAAAAUAAUAAGAUAGAAGAUGCCAUUCAAAAAUUCAAGGAAUGUCUUGAGAUUGAUCACUUAAACAUCUAAUAUAAUUCUACCAUUCAUUUCAAUUUGGGUAUGGCCUACAAUAAAUUAAAAAAGAAUGAGGAUGCUCUAGUUCACCUCAACAAAGCAAUAUAUCUUAAUCCUUAGUAUGCAAAGGCAUUAGUUAAAAGAGGAGAAGUUAACUAGGCUCUAGAUAAUCAUGAAGAAGCUCUGAGAGACUUUUAGGCUGCAAGUGGCUUUGGUGUUCAAGACAAGAUAAAAGUUGCCAAGCAGAAGGCUAAAGAAGCUUCGAAAAAAGAUUACUACAAAAUAUUAGGGUUAGAAAAGAAAGCUACUGAUGAUGAGAUAAAGAAGGCAUAUAAAAAACUAGCUCUGAAAUGGCAUCCAGAUCGUAAUCAAGGGUCUGAAGAAUAAAAGGUGAAAGCAGAUAAGAUGUUCAAGGAUGUAAAUGAAGCUUACACAGUUUUAAGUGACGAUAAAAAGAGAAAGAGGUACGAUUUGGGUGGCUAUGAUCCAUCAGAGCCUGAUGGUGGAAUGGGCGGCCACUUCUCAGAAGCUAACAUUGACCCUAAUGAGAUAUUCAAAAUGUUUUUCUAAACAGCUGGAGGUGGCGGUGGAGGAAUGUCAUCAGGUAUGGGAGGAGGAAUGGGAGGAUUCCCAGGAGGAGGAGGAUUUUCCUUUCCUUUCGGAGAAGAGAUGUUUGGGGGUGGAUAAACUCAAGGUAGCAGAGGAGGCUCAGCCUUUGGAUCUAGUGGAAUGGGAGGAUUCCCAGGAUUCACCUUUAUGUCAGGAGGUAUGCCCGGAGGUAUGCCUGGAGCUGGUAGAGAAAUGUUGCCAGCACCAACUAACACUCUCGAAAAAAUCAAGUAGCAAGAAUUUUUAAAGGCUAAGAUUAGAGAAGCCUUCAACAUUGUAGAUUAAGAUAGAAAAGGCAUCGUUGAUAAAAGGGAAAUCAGUUACUUAAUGAGAUAUCUCCUGCAAUAUCCAUCUGAGGCUCAAGUUAGAGAUUACAUUAUCCCAAAGCUUGAAGAUGAUGAACCAAGUGAUUACAUUAAGUAUGAGAAAUUUGAACCGUACAUGCUUCAAGUACUACUAAGCAAUGAGUUUGAACCUAAUCCAGCUGAACAUCUCCUAGCUGCUUUUAGAAUCUUAGAUCCAGAGGGUAAAGGAUACAUCAAGAAGGAUGUGAUGCAUCAAUUACUAACAACUAAGGGUAUUCAGUUGAGACCCACAGAGUACGAAUUCUUCAAACAAUUUGCCCUAGAUAAAACUGGAUAGUUCAUCUACUACGAAGACUAUGUUGCUAGACUUAUCGAUGAGAAUGAAAGACAUAUGGAGUAUUUGUUAAGAGGAUAUGAGACUUUCAAGCCUUCUAUGGGAAAUAAGUUUAUUUUUAAUUAGAAAGUUGAUAAAGGCAAAAUGGAAAAGCUUACAACCAAUAAAAGUGGCUCGGCGACAUUAUUCACUUAAGAGGUAACAGAUACUCAAGUAGAGUCAUUCAAGAAAGCAAAAAACGCAUUUUAAGAAAACGAGAAAAAACUGCUGAAUCAGUAGAUCUAGGAUUUGUAAACUACACUGGAGAUAAACAAGGGUAUAAUAUGCGAUUUAUUGCAAUGCAAAUAACUCUCCUAAGUUGAGUCUGCAUUGGUGAAGAAGUUUAACGAUGAGAACGAUCUAUUGCGACUCAGGAUAAAAACCAUAUAUCACGAAUUGGAUGAAGCAAAUGCCUAGGUAUUGCUUUUACAACAAAUUUGUAACGAACUUUAAGGAAAAGAGACUGAAAAUGCUCAGAUAUUCGAAGAGCAAUUAAAUGAGUUGAAAGAUAAGCUAGAGCGAAAAGAGUAUUUUAUGCAGACUAAGGAAAGAAAAUGGCUAGAAGUCGAAAAAAUAUUAGAGGAGUAUGCAGAGGAGGACGAAGAACUUCGAGAGAAGCUUUAUGAUCUCAGAGUGAAUGUAUUUUCUAAUAAGAAAAUCUCAAAUGUAGUAGAAGAAAAUGAAAAGUUAAAAGUAUAGCUUGACCAAGCACAUGAAGAGAUUGGAAGACUUAGAAAGUAGAUUCUACUAAUGGGAUUUGGAGUUGGGAAAAAAUAGAAAGUUUAGAGAAAGGAGGGAGGAAUGCACUCCCCGAAGUUAAUAGAGGAAAAGAAAAAGAAAGAAAUUGUAGAAGUACUCGAUAUUGGUGGAGAGAAUGGUGAAGAAAUAGAAGAAGAUAACUAGAAUUAAGAUGAGGAUGAUUAUACAGAUGAUGAAUAUCUAGGUAACAACGAUAGUUUGCAAAACAACCCAGCAAAAAAGGCAUUUAUGAGUACUGCUCCCAUCAAUUUUCAUAGCAAUUUCAUGGCUCCUAAAGUCAAUAAACUUAAGAUAAAGGACUCGAAGUAAGAACUUAAGUCAUAUUCACAUUAACUUGAGUAAGCCUUGGCUAAAAUCAGAGAGAAGUACAUUGAACUGGAAAAAGAUCACGAAAUACUUAACAAAACAUAUAUGAAGUAGCUUAAAUAGGGAGAUAGUAUGUCUAAUGCUCUAAAAAAGAUAAAAAGUUAUGUGCAGUAGUUAACAAUUAAGGAAAGUAAAUUGUGUGGAACAUGCAUGGGUGUUUAAGAAAUUAAUGACCUGAGGAAGAUAAUUAGAGAAAGAGUCUUUGAUGUAAGUAAUGAAGGGGAAAAUACAAUUGAGACUCUUGAAAUGUCCUUUAAUAAGGAUGAGAAUUGGAAAUCAAAGACUAAGGUAAUUCAAACUAGGGGUUAGAAUAACACAGCAGUGGCAAGAUCAAGACAAAAUAUGAAUAGCAGUAGCCAUAAGAAGUAGUCUGUUUCACCUUUCAAGAAGAUUACUGAUAACGAUAUAAAUCGACUUUCUCACAUAAUACCAGAGGAAGAGUUAGAUCUUAAUGGCGAGAUAUAUUAAAACAAGAGUCCAUUUUUAGGUGGAAUAUUGAACAGCAACAAAAUAAGCGCUAUUGGAAUUGCUGAUAGUAGGAAAGAUUCACCUUUCUGGGACCAGGAGUAUAUGUAUGAACUUUAGGCUAAUGCGAAGGGAACUCAGCAGUAGAUGGGCCAGGGUGGAAAUUAAAAUAGACAUUUUAGAGGUAGGCUGGAUCAAGAGUUAAAUGAUUAAUUUAGAAGCUGA